ACCCUCCCCGACUGCUCUCGCUCGGUCGCUGUCAUGUCGCCCGUCUCCUCGUUCCUGUGGACUUACGCCGUGGGGGUGAAGGUGUUGCUCUCCCAGCUGCUCGGACGCAGCUUUUUGCUGCCAGGUUAACAAUAAAUGGAUGAAGGCCCAGUGUGUAGAAUUACGACUGAGGAACCAUGGAGCACAAAACCCCAGAAGGUUCUAACUCUGACCUAAAGCUGGUCUGCCACCCGAGAGCAAAAAGUAAAGUUUGGAAGUAUUUUGGCUUUGAUACUGAUGCUGAAGGAUGCAUACUGCAGUGGAAGAAGAUCUAUUGCAGAGUUUGUAGGGCUCAAAUUGCUUAUUCAGGAAACACCUCCAACCUUGCCUACCACCUUGAAAAGAAUCAUCCCAGUGAAUUCCACCAAGUUGUAAAGAGCAACGCUGAGCAAGCUAGGGAGCCGUUCACCUCCAAUGUUUUGAAAUCUGAAUCUGAAAGCACGUACCUGACCCACCAAGAUCCAAUCUUCAAGAGCUACUACAGCCAAGAUAGCAAACGGCACCAAGAAUUGACCUUGAUGGUUACCAACUUCAUCUGCGAAGGCCUGUAUCCUGUGUCUGUGGUAGAAGAGCAAACUUUCAAGAAGCUGCUUAAAAUGGCUGACCCAAGGUACGAGCUCCCUAACAGGAAGUAUUUCUCUACCAAAGCUAUCCCAGAGCGGUACCACACUGUCCGGACCGCUGUGGAGAAGGAGUUGGCUGCGGCAGUGUGGUGUGGGUUGACUGCUGAUCUCUGGACUGUGCAGGCUCGAAACCGAUACUACAUGUCUUUGACUGCUCACUUCUUAGGUGGCUUGGGCAGUGGCACCAACACCCUAAAGUUCACUUCCAAGUGUCUAGCCACGUUCGAAGUGGUGGAUGAGUAUACCACGGAGAACUUGGCCCAUGCGCUUGUUGAGUCCUUCAGAGAAUGGGGAAUCAGCAAAAAUGUGUUGGGCGCUACUACCAGUAGCGACAGUGAAAAUGUAGUGAAUGCUUGCUCCCUUCUGAAUCUCCCUGUGCACAUGCCAUGUUUUGGUCACGCAAUCAACCUGGCAAUAAACCGAGCACUCCAACUCCCUAAACUCUGCAUCCUUCUUCUGAAGUGCGAUAAACUGGCCGAGUACUUUAAAGUGACACCAAGAGCAGCGUACAUGCUGUGUGAGAAGCAAAAGCAACAGUAUUUGUUACAACAUCAACUGGUCAAUGACUGUAGUACUUGGGCAACCACCCUCUCUAUGUUACAGCGGCUGAGGGAGCAGCAAACAGCAAUUGCUGCUGUGCUUUUUGAGGACAACAUGAAUUACCAAUUGAUGCUGGAAGCCGGUGAAUGGAACACCAUAGAUGGGUUGGUGGAGUUACUGCAGCCAUUUCAACAGGCUACUGAGAUGAUGGGCAAGUCAAAGUACCCAAUCAUUAGCAUGGUCAAACCUCUGCUGCACGUCCUCUUGAAUUCAACGCUGAAAGUUGAUGAUUCGGACUCUCAUGUGCUCAGUGCUGUGAAGGAGACCAUUGCCAAAGAGUUGUCUGAAGCAUAUGGGUUGUCCCAAGAGCUGGAACUGUUUCUCCACUCCGCGACAUUUCUCGAUCCAAGGUACAAGAAAGUUCCAUUCCUUUCAGCUGCACAACAGAAACAGGUUGAGAGCAAGGUCUUGGAGGAAGCUACUGCCCUCUUGGAGAAGGGCAGUGAGAGCUUUGCAAGAGCAGAGGGAGGCUUUGCCCUUGAAGAGCCUCCCCUGAAAAAACGAACAGUAUCAGUGCAGCCCUACAGCACUGGGAGCAUCAACUUCAUGUUGGCAGAGAUCUUCGGGCAGGCGGGCAGCAGAGAUGAGGGCCAAGAUGGGUGGCGUGCCCAGGUUGUGGAAGAGCUGAACAACUUCAAAUCACAGAAGGUGUUGGAACUGAAUGAAGAUCCGCUUAUCUGGUGGUCUGACCGUGUGGCUUUAUUUCCAACCUUGAGCAAACUGCUGCAGAAAUACUGGUGCAUUCCAGCUACCAGCCUCCCCUCUGAGCGCCUGUUCAGUGCAGCAGGGAAUCUGGUGAAUGCCAAGCGAAACCAGCUGGCCCCGGCAGAGGUCGAUCGACUCCUGUUCCUGUACGAGAACACCAGAGUCGAUCGGGAGGUGGUUGCGGAUGAUGAUUGAGUGAAAACUGGACUAACAGCAAGAUAUCGAGGGUUAAAUGACCACAUUUAGUGAUGAAACGAAAGAAACUGAUGGGUAAUCCAAGUCAUGAUUUGGUAUCAAUUUGAAACAAAAGAAUUUUCAUUUCUUUUUGUUGAACUGGCUGUCUGAAUCAGACAACUUAUAUUUUGUUCUUGCAACAGAUUCCAAAACUGCAAUUGUAUUUAUGAUGUAUGGGAUAAUAUGUAAACAUAAAAAUACAAUAAUAGAUGAUCAUCGAGACAGAUUUAAAAGAAAUUCUAUUUAAGUAACCUAGGUUGCUAGGAUUGAUGUCAUCUUUCUUCCUGGACCAGAAUGUGACAGACAAUUAACAUUGGUCUGUACCUAAAUGCAGCUGUAAUAAGUCUUACAUUUUUAGUUCUUACAGUAAAGGUGAAUUGAAUAUUAUUCUGUGAUUCCCUUAACUGUGCUCCUAUACCAGUUUUCAUGGCAUAACUAUUGUUAAAUAUAACUUUAAGUUAAGCUGUGUGGGCUGCAAAUGAUGCUCAAUAUUUCAAGGGUUACAUUCUGGAACUUGACUGGGGAGGCAUUGGAAAGAAUUGUAGAUUGUUUGUUUGAAGCUUUAAGGAGGCAACCCAUGAAGGACUGUAUAAAAUAAACUUUAAACACAA